AUGUUGGCCUCACAGUUUAAAAUGAUAGUAGCAUGCUUAAAGUGUCUCUUCCAAGGCCACAAUCAGAAGCUUCUGAGCCCGAAGUGCUCACUAAUAUGGAACAAGCUAUGUUUAGACAAGAUAAGAAGAAUACAAGGCUGCUUUCGCAUCUCUGUGUUCAAACGUCUAAGGGGUAGACAACCAUCCCGCAUCUCAGUCUUUCAACGCUUGGAGAACCCUUACAAUUCUCAACAAGAGAAUGUCCAUAAUAAAAGGAAAUGGAAGGAUGACCUUGUCCAAGUCAACUGCCCCUCUUUCAAAGAAACAGUGGACCAAGAUGAUAACCCUCCAGAUAUCGAGGAAUUCAUUUACAUAGUCCAACCAGCUUCACCACAAAUGAAGGAGGGAGGUCAAGCCACAAUUGAUGAUCUCCAAGAAAUUAAUUUUGGUACAGCUGACAAACCCUAA